AUGUCAUUAAACACAGAACUGCUACAAGGACCAGAUCAGACAAAUGGACUUGUCGGGGUCAUUUCCAGAUUCCGUCAGAAGCCAGUCGCAGUCAUGACUGAUAUAAAGGCAAUGUUUCACCAAGUAAGAGUGUCCCCAAAUGACGUGGAUUUUCUUAGGUUCUUAUGGUGGCCUAAAGGUGAUGUGAACCGUAAACCAGUUGAGCAUCGUAUGCUUGUGCACCUGUUUGGAGCCACGUCCUCCCCCAGUUGUUCAAGUUUUGCAUUGAAAAGAGUUGCAGAGGACAAUAAGAACAAUUUUCCCCAUGCAAUAACUGACACUGUCAAAAUAAAUUUCUAUGUCGAUGACUGUCUAAAAGCCCUACCCUCUGAUCAGGAGGCCAUACAGCUUGUCACUGAUCUCUCAACUAUAUGCCACAAGGGAGGAUUUCACCUCACAAAAUGGAUGAGCAACAGCCGAGCAGUGCUCUCCGUCAUUCCAGAACUAAACAGGGCAAAAGGAGUAAAACAACUGGAUUUAGACAAAGAUAAACUUCCCACAGAAAGACCACUUGGUUUGCAGUGGUGUGUUGAAAACGAUGCAUUUAAGUUUAACAUCAAAGUCAAAGAAAAGCCACAAACCCGAAGAGGAAUGCUAUCUGUAGUGAGCUCAAUCUACGACCCUCUUGGGUUCUUGGCCCCCUUAACACUGCCUGCCAAGUGUCUCCUCCAAGAACUUUGCAAACAAAAUCAUGGCUGGGAUCAACUUAUACCUAAAGCGACAUCUGAGAAAUGGCUAAAAUGGACUUCUGAUCUUGUCAAGCUGGCAGUCUUUAAAGUAGACCGCUGCAUUAAGCCAAUACACUUUGGGAAACCAGUUCAUGCCCAACUACAUCAUUUUUCAGAUGCAAGUGACUAUGGCUAUGGUACAGUUAGCUACCUUCGGUUAACUAACAAAAGAGGAGAGGUCUCUCUGUCCUUUAUGAUGGGAAGAGCCAGAGUUGCGCCGCUGAAAAAUAUCACUAUCCCAAGAAUGGAAUUGACAGCUGCUAUGUUGUCAGUCAAAGUGGACAAAAUGCUCAGAGCAGAAUUGCAGUUGCUACUGGAAAAUUCUGUUUUUUGGACUGAUAGUCAAGCAGUAAUCAAGUACAUUGCAAACGAGCAUACCCGAUUCCAUACUUUCAUUGCAAAUCGAGUGUCAACAAUCAGAGAUAACACAAAGGUAUCACAAUGGAAGUAUGUGGAGACAAAGUUAAAUCCAGCCGACUAUGCAUCUAGAGGACUUAGUGCUGGAAGAUUUGUGGAUGGAAAAAGAUGGAUACAGGGACCAACUUUCCUGUUGAGGCCAAUGAGUGAAUGGCCAAGUGCAACCCUGAAAUCCCAUGCACUUAAUCCAGAUGAUCCUGAAGUCAAAGUAAGGUUGGUUGUGCAUAAUAUUGUUUUGAAGGAAACGGAAAACCCUACCAACCAACUGCUCUCUUAUUUCUCCUGUUGGCUGAAGUUAAGAAAGGCUGUGGCAUGGAUAUUAAAGUUAAAAGGUGUCUUGCAAUCUCUAGUAAAACAGAGAAAAGAAAAGGAAUCCUGUGUCAAUCGCCCAUACACACGAUCACAAAGUAAAGUGACUCACUCACAGCAGAUGGGAAGGAAGGCUAUAAGUGAACAACACAUAAAUAUCGAUGAUCUUGAAACGGCAGAAAAAUGUAUCAUCUGUUUCUGCCAAAGACAAAUAUUCCCAGAAGAGAUGACCAGAUUGGAAAUGGCGCCAUCUGGGUUCAAAAGGUCAAGUCCCCUUUACAAGUUGGACCCAGUUUUGGAGGAUGGGAUUUUGAGAGUGGGAGGUAGACUUGACAGAUCAGCUAUGCCUCAACAAAGCAAACAUCCUAUUAUUCUGUCAAAGAACGUGCAUAUUUCCUCUCUUAUCCUUCGCCAAAUCCAUGAAAAUGUUGGUCAUAAUGGAAGGAACCAUGUUCUCUCGCAGCUGCGCCAGAAAUACUGGAUUACAGGUGCAAAUGCCGCUGUAAGAAAGAUCAUCUCAAAAUGUGUUGAAUGCAGGCGUGUAAGAGGAAGACCAGGAGAACAGAAAAUGGCAGGUUUACCUGUUGAAAGACUAAUACCAGAUAACCCUCCAUUUACAAACGUUGGACUUGAUUAUUUUGGGCCCAUCGAGGUAAAGAAAGCAAGGAGCCUCGUGAAAAGAUACGGUGUCAUAUUCACCUGCAUGUCAAGCAGAGCAGUGCAUUUGGAGGUCGCUCACUCACUUGAUACAGACUCCUGUAUAAAUGCAAUAAGGAGAUUUAUCUCCAGAAGAGGACAAGUGGAACAUCUAAGAUCAGAUAAUGGAACCAAUCUGGUUGGAGCGGAGAGAGAGUUAAAGAAAGCUCUUUUAACACUGAAUCCACGCCAAGUCCAAGAUUCCCUGCUACAACAUGGAGUGAAGUGGAGUUUCAACCCCCCUGCUGCCUCUCAUCACGGUGGAGUGUGGGAGCGACUUAUCAGAAUGGACUCUUUCAAAAAUCAGACCUCUAUGCUCGACGUCGCUGGAAGCAGAUCCAGUACAUAGCAGAACUGUUUUGGAAGCGCUGGACGAAAGAGUACCUGCCCUUACUGCAGGAGAGACAAAAGUGGUGUGCAGUAAGAAGG